GUCCAGGCCGAGGCGGAGGCUGCGCGCUGGGCGAACGCGCCUGAUCGGCGGCUCUCGGCCACACCGGCCCCUGCGGCCGCCGGAGUGUCUCGGCUGGUGCGUGCACUGCCCCGGCGAGGAUGCGGCUGUUCCGGUGGCUGCUGAAGCAGCCGGUGCCCAAGCAGAUUGAGCGCUACUCCCGCUUCUCCCCGUCGCCGCUCUCCAUCAAGCAGUUCCUGGACUUCGGGAGAGACAAUGCGUGUGAAAAAACGUCAUACAGGUUUCUACGGAAGGAGCUUCCUGUGCGCCUGGCCAACUCCAUGAGAGAAGUUAAUCUUCUGCCGGAUAAUUUGCUUACCCGCCCGUCAGUGGGAUUGGUCCAGAGUUGGUAUAUGCAGAGCUUCCUGGAACUUUUGGAGUAUGAAAAUAAGAGCCCUGAGGACCCAAAGGUCUUAGAUAGCUUUCUACAGGUUCUUAUUCAAGUCAGAAAUAGACACAACGAUGUGGUUCCUACCAUGGCACAAGGAGUGAUUGAAUACAAGGAGAAGUUUGGGUUUGAUCCGUUCACUAGCAGUAACAUCCAGUAUUUCCUGGAUCGCUUCUAUACUAACCGCAUCUCCUUCCGCAUGCUUAUCAACCAGCACACGCUUCUGUUUGGCGGUGACACAAAUCCUGCUCAUCCCAAACACAUCGGAAGUAUCGAUCCCGCCUGCAACGUGUCCGAUGUCGUGAAAGAUGCCUAUGAAAACGCCAAGAUGUUAUGUGAACAGUAUUACAUGGUAGCCCCUGAGUUGGAAGUUGAAGAAUUCAAUGCCAAAGCUCCAGGCCAACCUAUUCAGGUAGUUUAUGUGCCCUCACAUCUGUUUCACAUGCUAUUUGAGUUGUUCAAGAACUCGAUGAGAGCAACCAUUGAACUCUAUGGAGACAGAAAAGAGGCCUACCCCGCGGUUAAAACCCUUGUCGCUCUGGGUAAAGAAGACUUGUCCGUUAAGAUCAGCGACCUCGGUGGUGGCGUCCCCCUUCGAAAAAUAGAUCGUCUUUUUAACUACAUGUAUUCCACUGCUCCUAGACCAAGCCUGGAGCCUUCAAGAGCUGCCCCUCUGGCUGGAUUUGGUUAUGGCUUGCCAAUUUCUCGUCUGUAUGCUAGAUAUUUCCAAGGAGAUCUAAAACUCUAUUCUAUGGAAGGAGUGGGUACGGAUGCUGUAAUUAAUUUGAAGGCUCUUUCAAGUGAAUCAUUCGAGAGGCUUCCCAUAUUCAAUAAGUCAGCAUGGCGCCGAUACAAGACCACACCUGGAGCCAAUGAUUGGAGCAAUCCCAGCAGAGAGCCCAGAGACGCUUCUAAAUAAAAGGCAAAACAGUAAUAAAUUACUUCGCUUUCUUAAAAAAAAGAAAGAAAAAAGUCCUAAAGAGGGGAGAGGCAGGAAAAAUUAAAUAGUUGUUGAUUGGGCCAAAGCUGUAAAGUCUGAAUGAUGCAAUGAAGACAGAUAACAAGAUAGAAGAAUCAGGGGAUUUAGUGGCGCAGAGGAUUAAAGCACAUCAGAAUUUGGUUUAAGACGCUGGUCAACAUAAUUGGUAAAUGAUAAGUCUUGCUAGCAUCCCCUUCACUUGGUUCAUGGCAGUGUAAAAGCCCCAUGCACUCAGUAUACAAUAAUCGGACAAUAAAAAGGUUCAUGGCAGCUGCUGCUCAGUAGCAAAUUGAGGGAGAACAGAUUGCAGUGAAGUAAGAGAUGUGGGAUUCUGGGAAUUCUGGUGACUGCAGGAAGUUUGAAACUUUUCUACAAAAGGUCAAGGCAUUAUAUUUUAACUCUGG